AUGGACAUUAAGAACCCGCGACGCAUCCUUGCCGUGGGUGCGCCGGGCGCUGGCGUAUUGCCGCUGCUCAAAGAGCUUACAGGCUCCGCCCCAGAGCCCACGUCCAAUACCACCGCCGGGCUUACGCACGAAUGGCGCCUCGAAACAAAAUACUAUACCGCGACCCUGCCUAUAUGGAUCGAUGAGCUACCCAAUGUUGCAGAAUGGCGCACCGAAUUCACAAAGCCAGAAGCCCGCGAAGUCGUCACAGCGCUCGGCGCAUGGGUAUACUGCUUCAAGAAGCCAGUUGACGAGAAAGAACUAGACACUGUCAAGGAAACGAUGCAGGCAAUCUCUGAUAUAAUUGAGCGCGCGUGUGGCUAUGGCGGUGACAUUGCGUGUCUAGCGGUGGCGAUGCCGCAGUCAGUCACGCCAUAUCUAGACAAGAGCAAUGAGGCAUGGGAAGAGCUGGCCAUGGAAUACGGCUUUGAAUAUAUUGACUCGGAAAUCAAGGGCAAGAACGAGUUUGGCGAAGCGACAGGAGUCCAGCGAGUGCGGGAAGCACUGGAGGCAGCGGAGUGGGAGAGCACCGCGGGGUUGGAUUUUGGGGACGACGAGGGAUUCGAGAACAGCUUUGCGGCUGAAGAGGCUGAAAUGAACAUGGAGCUGUUCGACAUGAAGAGCGCGCUUGCGGGGUAUGAUGGCGAUGAAGAGGGGGAGACUGAAGACAACGACGUUGACAACCUCGAGGUCAUGAUGCGAAAGAUGGUUGCUAUCAAAGAGAUGGGCGAGGGCAUGGAAGAGGAAGAGCGAAAACGGUUUGCUGCCAGAGCCGUCAACGAUCUGAUGAAGGAUUUUUGA